CCGCGCACAGCCGGUGGGUGGUGCAGGGGCGACGGCAGCUGCAGGCGGGAGCCGAGCCGAGCUGUCCGAGCCGAGCGGUCCGGCCUGCGCUGCUGCUGCUGCUGCUGCUGGCGAGGCGAGGAAAGCGAGGCAGACCUCCCAGAGCAAACAGAAUCUUCCUUGACAACCACUCCUAAUCCAGCCCUUCCCCAGAGGUCAGCGCUGUUUCAGGGAAGAGGGCAGCAUGGCCAGCGUGCUGUCCAGGCGCCUCGGCAAACGGUCCCUCCUGGGAGCCCGCGUGUUGGGGCCGCCCGAGGCCACGCCCCCUUCUUUGGAGCCGCAGGCGGAGCUGCUGGAGGGGGCGGCUCCCCAGCCCUUCCUCACCUCUAAGGACACUUCCUGUCAGGAGCAGCCCAAGGACGUCCUCAAGGCUCCCGGCACCUCAGGCCUCCAGCAGAUGGCCUUCCAGCCCGGGCAGAAGGUAGGAUGGUCCCUGUGUGGACAGGUGUAUGUGUGGUACGGGGGGCAGGAGUGCCCAGGCCUGGUGGAGCAGCAUAACUGGGCAGAGGACAAGGUGACCGUCUGGCUGUUGGACCAGAAGUUACAGAUCUGCUGCAAAGCGGAGGAGGUGUGGCUGGCCGAGCUGCAGGGUCCUCUUCCCCAGGGGCCCCUUCCGGAGCCGGGAACCCAGGCACAAGCCUACAGGCCGGUCUCCAGGAACAUUGACGUCCCGAAAAGGAAGUCGGAGGCAGUGGAGAUGGACGAGAUGAUGGCGGCCAUGGUGCUGACGUCCCUGUCCUGCAGCCCGGUCGUGCAGAGUCCUCCUGGGGCCGAGGCCAACUUCUCUGCCUCCCGCGCGGCCUGCGACCCGUGGAAGGAGAGUGGCGACGUGUCCGACAGCGGCAGCAGCACCACCAGCGGGCACUGGAGCGCCAGCAGUGGCGUCUCCACCCCCUCGCCCCCGCACCCCCAGGCCAGCCCCAAGUACCUGGGGGACGCCUUUGGUUCUCCCCAAACCGAUCCUGGGUUCGAAACGGAUCCGGACGCGUUCCUGUUGGAUGAACCGGCUCCACGUAAAAGAAAGAACUCGGUGAAGGUGAUGUACAAGUGCCUGUGGCCAAACUGCGGCAAAGUCCUGCGCUCCAUCGUGGGCAUCAAGCGGCACGUGAAAGCCCUCCACCUGGGGGACUCUGUGGACUCCGACCAGUUCAAGCGGGAGGAGGAUUUCUACUACACGGAGGUGCAGAUGAAGGAGGAAGCUGCUGCUGCCGGCACCCCCGCCGCCGACUCGGCCCCCACCCCCGGCGUGGCCAGCCCGCCCCUCGCCAUUCUCCCACCGCCUGCUCCCAAAGGCCAGCCCUCGGGCCCAGAGCACCCGGGCCCGGAAUCCUGCCUGCCCUCCGGUGCUCUGAGCAAGUCAGCUCCCGGCUCCUUCUGGCACAUUCAGGCCGACCAUGCAUACCAGGCCCUGCCGUCCUUCCAGAUCCCCGUCUCCCCGCACAUCUACACCAGUAUUAGCUGGGCCGCCGCCCCCUCCACGGCCUCCUCCUUCACUCCGGUCCGGAGCAGGUCGCUCAGCUUCAGCGAGCCCCAGCAGCCACCGCCUGCCGUGAAAUCCCACCUGAUCGUCACGUCUCCACCCCGGGCCCAGAGCAGCACCAGGAAGGCCCGCGGGGAGGCCAAGAAGUGCCGCAAAGUGUACGGCAUCGAGCACCGGGACCAGUGGUGCACCGCCUGCCGCUGGAAGAAGGCCUGCCAGCGCUUCCUGGACUGAACCGCCGCCCCGGCCGGCCGGCUCCUCCUCGCCGCCCCCGGCCCCACGGCGGCCGGACAACGACGCCAGGCAGACCCGUGAGCCCGCAGCGGACACCUACCGAUAACACGUGGACACCGGGAGUGUGGGCUCUCUUGGCAGAGGUUUAAUACUGAAACCCCUUUCUCCCCUCCCUUGCGGGAACAUUUUAUUUUUUUUUUUAAAAAGAGAGAGAAACGAACCUAUUUUUCCGCCCCCUCAUCCAGGAGAGAGCCAAAACUGACCAAGGGUAUUCUGCAGCGAACUAGAGACCAAAGAACGUGUGCGCCUCCCCUCCCCACACCCCCUCUCUCGGGGGGUGGGGGGGGGUGAGUGUGUAAGCAUCAAAAGAAGGAACAGCUCGCUCUGUUUCCUGCUGAGUGGGUGGAUUCUUUGCUUUCUCAACUCUGCCCAGAAGGGACUGUGAGCAAGAUGAAUUUACUUUUCUUAAAAAAAAAAAAAAAGUUUCUGGCUGAUGACUCAGAGAGCAGACCCCGCCUUGGGGUGGGAAGAGUGGGGGGUGUCUGGGCGAAUUUUUUUUUUUUCCUUUUCCCCCCAGCAAGCCCUUCUCCACCCGAAUUGUGGAGAAUAGAGAGCUUGUCUCACCAACCGCUUCCACGGAAGUGAAAGGACAGGCUUCUGCUGACGGCGCUCUGGAUCUGGGUCCCCUCGGGCAUUGGGGGGCAUCCCCGCACAGACUGCACGGCCUCUUCGACAGCCCAGACGCCUCGUGUUCUGAAAGGCGGUCCCCCAUCGCUGAGCCAGAAGGCGGAUAAGAAUUCCCAUUCUGACGUGCGGCCGAACACUACCUUGAUAUUCUUUCCUCUUUCCUUGAGGAAAAGCGAGAGGGUUUCCGUCUCUGUGAGAGCUCUCUGCUGGGAAGGACUCCCCUGAAACACGUUAGUUUCUUCAGGAGGAUGUAUUCAAAAGGGGAUUAAAGGUCCCCUUUUAUUUGGGUGGUAGGUUCCUCUCUGUCUCUGGUUUCACCAGGGAUCUCCCCAUUCCCGCCCCGAGGCUGCCACCCGGCAGGGCUGGUGGGGAAGGAGAGAGAAGAGCAUGGGCAGGGGAGGUGAGUGGCGGCUUGCCCACCGAUGGAGAAACAGUUGGCAGGUCUCUCAUUGCUCGAUGGCUUCCCUGCCCCUUUGGGAGCAAUCCCGUCCCUCCCUUAGGUGGCAGGUAGGAUAGGACCCAAGGCAGGAGGCUUCUGGAUUUUUUUAUUUUUUAUUUUUAACCCGGGUUGGCCCAGCCCAGUGAGGAGGAGGCAACCUUCUCUUAGUGUGGUGUAACCUUCCCAGGUACCUGCCGAGCACCUUCUUGCCUGAAGGCAGGAUGGAGGAGGUCGGAGAGAGGGCUGGGGAAAUGGAGUGAGGAGGACCUGGGGAUGCAUUCACAGCUCCCAGGAUGUUUCUGGAGGACUCAGGCAUUGAGGGGAGCCCUACUGCAUUGCUCAGGAGGUUAAUGAGCAAAGCUUGUGCUGGGAAGAAGGAGAGAGAUGUGGGGAGUUUAGUGCCGAGCCAGCCAGGGGUUAAGAUGGGGUGAGCUGAGCCCCGAGGGAAGGCCCGGGUGGGUUUCAGAGCCCUGCUUUUCUUCCCAGGAACCGUGGCGAUUCCUUGGGGCCUGCUUGACCAGCUGCCUUGGACCCGUGUCCUGGAUGUCAGGGAGGGGCUCAGGGAAGCCCACCAUGCCACUCACUCCUGGGGGACAGAGCAGCAGCAUCUCCCCAUUGGCUGUCCUUGAGCCGAGGUGGGAACCACCUGGCUCCCAGGAGCUCCUCUGGCCGCUCCCUCGGGAAACAUGCACAUGCCUCAAGGUGGGAGGCAGGCGGGGUGUUAGAACACCUGCCCGCGAGAAGAGAACAGGGGCGUGGCUUGGUGAAGGGUGAUGGGGACCCGGGUUUGGUGACGGAGGGAAAGACAGUUAUGCACAAGUGUCUUGGGUGGUGAUGGGGUAUAUUUUUAUAACUUUGUGAAAAAAAGGUAUGUGGAGUCUCUUCCUCGGGGAAAGCUCAAAACCAGGCCCGCAGGAAGUGGCCCGGGCGCUCCUUCCUGUCCCUUCAGCCUCCCCGAGGAUGGAAAGCAGGUGGUUGCUCAUCCUGACUCACUCACCUCCCGCACUGUCCGUGUUCUGGGCUUCUCGGGGAGGGGAGGGGAGGGGAAGGGAGGACGGGUUUCAGACGCGGACGCUGCCCGGGGGUAUCUUCCCUUCCCUUCCUUUCUUCAUCAGAGCUCUUGCUGAGUCUCAUCUUUUGAAAAGCUGUUCUCCCCCCGCCUCCCUCAGUUUGGAUUGUUCGUAUGUAACCGGAUAUAAAGAUUUUCUCUGAGGGAGGCAGGCUUUUCAUGUCUUUGGUACACAGGGCAGAGAAAGGAAGACAGACAUUGACGGGACGACUGAAAAAACUGAGGUGGUUUUAUUUUUUAUUUUAUCUUAUAUUUUGAUGUUUUAUUUUGGUGCCGCUUUCUCUGUCUGCAUUUGCUCCUGUCUUAUUUCGGGUGGUGGUGCCCCCCUCACUCCCCCCGCCCCCGGCUUCCCUCUUCCCGCACCUCAAUCUCGUGGCUGUUGUGUUGAUUCUUGACGUGUGGUCUGUCCUCGGGGUUACCCCCGUUUGUUUCUUCUCGAAGGGUGGGGUGGUUUGUGAACCGAUCCAGCGAUCAUGCCUGGUUUUGUUUUUUGUUUUUCAUCUCUGUAUCUCUCUCCCUACGUCCCAGCCCACCUGGGCAGCAGAACCUGAGAGAAGGCAUCUUGAUGCCAGAGGUGCACGCUCGAAAGUAACAGGACGGAUGCUCCAAUGCAGUUAUUUUGGGGGAAACUCGAUUCCACGGAUGUUACCCUUAUUCAGAACAUUUCUUGGGGUUACCCGGGGAGUCUGGUACCUGCUGUGACCAGCCGUCACUCUAUGAAGCCUGCCCUCGGCUCGCUCAGUGCAGAGAGAGUCCAGAAGGUCCGUGGCCGAGUGAGGUCACAGGUGCAAAGCACAAGGACUGACCAGCGAGCACAGUGGUCGGACUCAGUUAUGUGAGGUGUGAGCUGGCCGGGGAAGCGGCCCUGCAGUUGCAGAGAGCACGCCGAGAGAUGCCCACAUGGCGAUGGCACACCGAUGGCUUCUCUCCUGGGAGGACAUGGUUAAUUUGGAGGAGGGUACUCUGAUUUGUUUGAAGAAAUCUGUCCUGUUAUUUUCUGCUCCUCCCAGGUUCUGACUUUACCAGGGGCAAAUAAAAUAUAAAAAAAAUAAAUAAAUAAAAAGAGAGAGAGAGGGAGAGGGAGGGAGAUAAAUCUCAUUUGUGAAUUUGUCUUAUUGGCGCCUUUUCCCCCCAGCUGUCUUCCAAGUAUUAUUUUUACCGUUAAAAAGUUUUGUUUUUUUUUUCUAAAUGUGAAAUGUAAUGUUUUUACAGCAACAAUAUGAAAUAUAUUUUAUAAGGAAUAAAAUGGUACAU